GUUCUUUCUUUUUUGUCAUCUUCCGGUUACGUCCUUCCGGUCCGAGCAGACGAAGGGAACCAGAUGACUCGUCGGCAGCGUUGAGGUUGAAUCCUGCCGACUGAAAACCUUCCUAUUCAUGAAACUAACCCCCGAAGGAAAGACUGAGCUUUAAAGAUGCAGUGAUGAAGUUCACCUUCACAGACUGAGUUCACAUCCUCUAAACCGACCUGCUCCAAUGACCCACCUCCUCUGACUCCACCUGAGUCCACCUUCUGUUGACCAGCGGGCGGGGCUGGCCCUGCUCAGGGCGGGGGGUGUGCGUGACCGGGGAUGGACAGCCGAUGCAGCAGCAGCGCCGAUUCACGGCUGACCGUCGGCAGGGGGGUGGUGUCUGUCAACACCACGCCCAUCUGCGCGAGGGUGGAGUCGUAUGAAACCGGGGAGAAGAAGUGCAUCUCGGACGUGAGGAGGACCUUCUGCCUCUUCGUCACCUUUGACCUCCUGUUCAUCACCUUGCUCUGGAUCAUAGAGCUCAAUGUGAACGGUGGCAUUCAGAAGCAGCUGGAGAUAGAAGUCCUGCACUACGACUACCACGCCUCCUUCUUCGAUAUUUUUCUCCUGGCUGUUUUCAGGUUUGCCACCCUCAUCCUGGCCUACGCCGUCUGUAAGCUUCGUCACUGGUGGGCCAUCGCUAUCACCACGGCAGUAUGCUGCGCUUUCUUGAUUGUUAAAGUCAUAGAAUCAAAGCUGCUGUCUCAGGGGGCCUUUGGGUACCUGCUGCCCAUCAUCUCCUUCGUGUUGGCCUGGAUAGAAACGUGGCUGCUCGACUUCAAGGUCCUGCCUCAGGAGGCCGAAGACGAAAACAGAUAUCAGUCCUUCAUGGAUGCCACAGAGCGAGCUCCUCUCAUGUGUCAGGGUCCUUUAUCUGACGGACAGUUCUACUCUCCACCAGAGUCUGUGGCAGACUCUGAUGAGGAACUGGAUGAUAAACACGAUCCAGAGAAAGGGCUCAUUCAGCAGGUGAUCUAACAGGAUCUCCUCUUCGGAAGGUGACGUUUUUCUCUCGCUCCUGUUGUGCUACUGAGGGAAAAUUCUGCCUUACACAUUUCUGCCAUUUUUGUUUUUAUUUGCCUCAAAGAAGUCUUUCAUAGUAUGAAAACACAAAGAGCUAUUUGAGGCAUUCUGCACCUCUGUUUCUGAUAUCAGCCUUCUGCAUGUGCACCUGGGAACGCAAAAGUGCCGCUUAAAAAGCAAUUUCAGUAUCACGACUUAUUAACUUUCAGGAUUUGUUUUCCCCGCUCACAUUUAAUAAACCAUGUAGCUUCCAGGAGAAUUCAUAUUAACGGAUAUUUAUACACAAAUUUGCACAUUUUUUGUCCCAAAUGCUCUAUUUCAGUAUCCGACUAUAAUUCAAAAUGUUUGACAAGAAAAUACAACUAUUUAUUUCUUCUCAUUAAUAUCUUAUAUUUCCAAACAUAAUGUUUACUUUUAAGUUGAUGAUCAUUUUCACAUGCUUGGGUUUCACUGUAAAGGACAAAUAGCUUGCUCCAUAGACUCUGCAUAAAGAAAGGAAGGAUUGUUUUCGGCCAGUAUUGAGCUUAUGGACCACGUUCGUAGCAAACGCCAGGCGGAAUAUUUACAGUUUACUGCAGAACUCAGAAAUGUAUUUGACUACUUCCAGGUCUCAAAAAGCAGUGAAACAACUUGCACGCAACAUUGGAACAAUAUUACAGUGUCAAGAUUUUAAGACUACUGUCUGCUUCUAAACGAGUGAAGUAUUACUUUACUUUAAAACUAUAUGAGCCAUAAGUAUGCAGCACAUCAACGUAAAGGUAUGAGCUGCUCUGUAUGAAACUGUAAACUGCUCUUAAAAAGCUGCUAUUAGAUACAGUUGGAGCUCAAUAUGAGUUGGAAAAAUACAUGUACAUAUCUUCAUGCAUGCCUUGCAAGCCGAGUGGUUUUGUUUUUAUGAAAAGCCUGUCUGUAAAAUAGAAACAUUAAAAUGUGAAAUCAUG